GCAGCCUGGGUGAACAGGGAGCGAGUGAAACUACGGCGGCCGAGGGAAGAACGUAGGGUAGACCUCCCUGACGGACUCAGGGCAAUAACCAGACAACCUUACCCACGGGGCCUCUAUAUACUUGUGUACGGACAUAUAACGGGACUUGAUACCAUACAACUACUAUCUAGCACUUCAUUGGAGUUAUAACCGGUUGUUUAUCAAACGUAGUUGGAAAAGUUUUCUUCAGCGUUCACUUAGUUGGAGCCUUAGGGACAGCGGCGUGUGAGCUCAGCCUUAGUGAGCCUCGCGUGAACUCUCCUUGCGGUGUAACGGGCAUUCGGAUAUGAGAGUGGUCUACCGGUGUAGAACGCCGAAAAGUGUGAUUCCUUAACGUAACAUCGUGGUAUAGUACUUCAGUGUCUUUGUCAUUCGUUGCAUGGAAUAUCAAGAUCUACUCACGUGGAUUUUUCAGUGAUAAAAGAAUUAAUAUGUGUUUGUGUUCGACUCUCCAUAGAUUCUUAGUAAGAAUGCCUUGGUUGUUGCACUAUCUGUUCCUACUACUACCUUUAGCCAUGUCAAUGGUUGCUGUAGUUGACAGUGGAGGAAAGCGAUUACCAGCUGUACACUGGAAUUCUUCAAAUCCUAUGUUUUUAAUCAGCAACAAUGACCAUGUGAUAGAUGUCAACAACAACGACAUGUUAGAAAUUGUCUGUCCUAAGUACAAUGAAAACACGCCGGAAUAUCUACGAGAAUACUAUAUUGUUUAUAUGGUUAAAAAAUCUGAGUAUGAAGCCUGUACAAUUUACAACAGAACUGAAGCUCGUUUGAUUGUCAACUGUUCCGAACCAACACAAAACAGAAUCUUCACAUUGUAUAUCCAGUCUUUCGGGGGAAUUCCCAGUAUGCCAGAUUUCGAGUCAGGUCAUACUUACUAUUUUAUAUCCACAUCAACUGGUCGGAAGGCAGGUUUAGCCAAUCAAGUAGAAGGGGCGUGUACACACCAGGGCAUGAAGAUGAUGCUCAGAGUUUGCUGUGAUUCCACGAAAACCACAAAAACAAUACCAGGUGUCACUUCUCAUCCAGAUGUGAACCCCAAUGUACCAUCAGUUAGAACCACUCCACGAACCACGCGAAGAACCACACCACGACCCACAACCACAACCAGGCCCCCACCUCCACCGCCAACAACAACAACGAAAAAACCAACAGAGCCAGACUAUAAAACAAGAGAUGAUGAGUUCAAGAGACAGAAGCUUGAAAAUAAGGUCAACUCUGAUACCAUAAGUGAUAUGGCAGGCGAAAAUUCAGCUAUGAUAAACAGCAAAACAUCGUCAUCACAAAUCAACCGAGCUUUAUUGACAUUUCUUGUUCUGUUCUGCCUCUUUAGGUAGUGCUCAUAGACACUUUAGGUGAAUUAUUUUAAACUUAACAAUUCCUACUGUUGCUUUCAAACUGGCUUUGCCACUCACCAGCGUAUUGGAGAAUAAUUGCUUCACUCCAUGAUAGUUGGUCCCUGAUUGGUCAGUGGUACGGACCAAUCCGAUGUGAUCCAUGAACCAUAGUGGUAGCUGAUUGGUUGCUACCAAAGAGCUCAAGAUAUCACUGCUUUGUUAACUGGACUAGAAGUUAUCUUGUUGUUGACUGGUCAGUGGUGUCCCCAAUAAUCCGGCACAUGAUAAGCUGUGAAAACAAAACCAACAACAUAAAAAGGGAUCAGUGGGUGAGCAGUCCUAACAGGAAGUGGAAGGGCAGACAUCUUGUGGAUGGAUUUUGGCCCUCUUUACAUGCAGGACAUAAUCGGUCGUUGCCAUGACAACUACCACUGCCAUCCAUCACUUCCAGACAAACGGAGUCUGCUUGAUUUGACAUCCAGUGAUGGAUCCUUUCCAACGAGUGCAGAAAACAUGCAUAUAAGAUGCAUAUAACAUUUGUGUGCUCUGAGAAUAUAGACUUCAGUUGUGAAUAAGGCAUUAUGCUGGUGAUAGCGGAAACCGUGCAGGUCUCUUGAAUUCUCCUCACAGAGGACAGUGACAUAUGAACACAUCAACAGACCUACAGGAGACUCCAACAUGGAUACAGAAUUGAACUAAGGUCAACAAGAGUUGUUUAUGUAAAUAGAAAUGCUGAAACUGACUUGUGAACUCUUGAGGUGUCAGUUUCUUCAACAUCAGCAUUCUGUGAUUUUUCAAGGUUAAAGAAGUUGUGGUUAGUAUAAUGGCGAUUGUAUGAAGUAGUAGGAUGUAUACUGCUUGGACUUUGUCAUGUGACUGUUGAAAUACACUCCAACAGCAGUGGGUUUGCGAUAAAUAGACACCACAGGGGGCGUCUAUGAUUGGUGGAAGAUGGUCAUGUGACCUGUGAUGUCAUAAGAGUCAUUCCAUAUCAGGCCAAAGCUGAUAACGUCAGCGGCCAUGAUGGUUCAAACCUUGUACAGAAUCAUCUCAGUGGUUAUCAAUAUUAAUGUAUUAAAGCUCAUCACAUAUUUUAUGAAAGUCACAAAUAUUUCAGAAUCAAAAUUAACAUCUUUGGUGAUGCUUGUCUCGAUAUUAGUGGACUAGUGCUGCGGUGAAAAUAUACAUUAUAAUCACCAAUGUAUUUAGAAAAGAAAUUCCAUGCAUGCAUUUUUUCCAGACACUAUUCAAACCUUGCCCAUGUAAAAUUCUAUGUUUCAUGGACAGAUAUAUUAUCCUAUGCUUCAUUUUGAGUUUCAGUUGCACCAGAAUUAUAAAGGUUUAAAGGACAAAGGUCUAAUUUACUUGAAAGUGUAGCAUAAUAUCAUUAUCUUAGGAUUUUGCAGAAUAUUUAAGUUAAAAUAUCAUGAUACGAAAAUGAAAUCAUCAACUAGAGUAUGAAUAUAAAACUGCAUGGCUUGAAACAGAUCCAGAAUGGGAAAAAAGAAACCAAGUCUAAAUUUCUUUCAUUGCUGAAAUCACAAGUAAUUGUGAUGGAAAGUGCUGCACAUAAGAAUAAUUCAAAGGGACCUUUAGAGUCUUGUAAAGAAUUAAUAGCUUUUUGUAGCGAUGUAAAUAAUUUUGUGAAAAAUAAACUGAUUGUUUUCUAUUAUGAAAUAAUAUCUCUUGUGCUUACAGCAAGCUAAUAUGUAAAUAUGAAAGCUAUUUAUGUAUAAAAAAAAAAUGUACCACAGUUGACAGAUAAAAAAACAGCACAGUUCAGUAUUUUCUACCACUUUAUACAUGUAAGAUGUAAAUAUUAUAAAUGGCUAUGAGCUGUGCAUUGAGAUGGUAGAAUUCCAUAUUUAAUUAAUGGUUGCUUUUAGUUGAGUUCACAUAGACUUAGCUAGAGAAUGCUUUGAAAAUGAUUGAUCAUUUUCCCAACAUGGCUUUAAAAUGACUAACUUUAAAAUUAACAAUUUUUUUCUUGUUUUUUUUUUUAUAUUUUUAUUUGUGUGAAGAGACGAAGGAAAACUGUGUGCUGUUUGAUUAGGACACAUGUACUUCUCAUUUCUUUCUGUUAAAUGUUUCCAUAUUUCUCAUCAGCAGGAUUUUCUCUUCCCAUUUUGGAUAUUGUCUCGUCUCAAUUUAACAGCUGAUAUCACAUGUGGCAUUUGUAUUUGAACAUUUAUGUUUAUGAGUGUAUUUUGAACAAAGAAAAAAAAAAAGAAAAAUGAUUAGUAUUUUAAGCGCUGGUCAGAGUUAACAUUAGCUUUGUUUAUUCAUAACUCAUGGACAAAGUGCAGAAUUAUUGAGGCCAAUACACCUGCUAAUUUCACAUCAUAAUUUCUAGAAAAACUAUUAAAUUCAAAAAUAAUUUAAAUUCACAUUAUAUGGACAGUAUGUGAAGCAGUAUCUUUAUUAAUUAUUGCUUACACAUUCGACUGAUAUUAAUUUUUUGUCUUUUUUGGGGGAUUUUGUUACAAAAUUAGAUCAAAGUUGUUAUUUGUUAAUGUCUCUUCACCUAAUGU